AUGGCUAGGGCUCAGUUUGCUGAAAACCUCAAGGAAGUACUGACCUGCUCUGUGUGCAGGGACUACUUCAGACACCCAGUGACCUUGGGUUGUGGCCACAGCUUUUGCCACUUGUGCCUCCUCAACAUCUGCGGAGAAGCUGAUGGGCCCUCCCCUUGUCCUCUGUGCAGAAAACAUUUCCAUGUUAGAGACCUGGAGUACAACCAGCACCUAGGGAAGCUGGCCAGCAUAGGCAACAGCCUGAGACCCUAUUUGCUGCAAUUAGAAGAGGAAAAGGUCAUAUGUGAGAGACAUCAGGAGGAGAAAAAUUUGUUUUGUGAAAAGGACCAAUCCUUCCUCUGUCUAUAUUGUUUUCAAUCCCAGGAGCACAUCAACCAUACAGUACACACUGUACAAAAGGCUGCAGAGGACUCAAGGGGCAAGCUCCAAAAGAUUUUGCAUCUUCUCCAGAAAGAAAUGGAGACUGUUCAGAACAUGCUGACAGAAGAGAUAGAGAAAGAGAAGACUUGGAAGGAAAAGGUCCAAGCUUGGAGGGAGAGUAUGGCAGCUGAAUACAGAAGAUUACAUGAACUACUGAACAAAGAAGAGAAACUUCAUUCCCAGGCAAUGGUCCAUCAGGAAAAGAACAACCAGAAGAAUGUAAGAGAAAGUGAUACCAGACUCUCCCAGUAUUUUCAUAGCUUGAAGGCGGUGAUGGCAGAUGUUGAACAACAUAGCUGGAAAAACAAUACUCAGCUUCUGCAGGUGGUAGGAGGUAUACUGACCAGGUAUGAAUCACUCUUGGGCCAUCCUCCAGAGACUGUCACCACUUUAGGGAUCUUGUUUCUAAAUACUAUGAUGUGGGAAAUGCUGAAACACUUCAAAGUGGAUGUGACCCUGGAUCCCCAAAAUGUCUCUCCACAUUUCAUCCUGUCUGAUGACCUGAGGACUGUCAUACCUAGAGGGAACCAGCAGAAUAGCCAUUUCUCCUUCAGCCAACAUGCGAAUAAUUUCACUUUGGGCACUCAGUUCUUCGCAUCUGGCAUCUACUACUGGGAGGUUGAAGUGGGAGAUUGCAGGAUCAUGGCUAGGGCUCAGUUUGCUGAAAACCUCAAGGAAGUACUGACCUGCUCUGUGUGCAGGGACUACUUCAGACACCCAGUGACCUUGGGUUGUGGCCACAGCUUUUGCCACUUGUGCCUCCUCAACAUCUGGGGAGAAGCUGACAGGCCCUCCCCUUGUCCUCUAUGGAAGUUGGCCAGACCCCUUGAACGCCUUCCCUCGAAGGCAUAUGAUAUGCAUCCUAGGUUAAAGCCCUUGUGGUCCACACGAGGGAACUGUGCCAAGGGUUCAGAGCUAAAAGUGGUAGCAAUCAAGCUGAAUUGGAAACGUUUUCAGUGUAAAUGUGUUUUAAUCUGA